AUGUCACCCCCAACACAGACUAUCCUGUUCCUCACCAGCCCCGAACACGGUCAAUCAAACGUGGCACUCGCAGUGGCCAGUGAGUUCCUGCACCGCGGCGAGUUCGAGGUCCAUAUCGCCUCUUUCAGUGGUUUAUCGGCUCGCAUACAGGAAAUCAACAGUCAAACCGACCAUGACCGAGCCAUCCGCUUCCAUACAAUUGAAGGCCUAAGCAUAUCUGAAGUAACGGCACGGAAGACAACCAAUAUAGCCCAUGUAGCGGGUAUUGCAGGAACGCUUGACGGAUGCAACAAAAUCAACUGCUCCGUACUAGGGUGGAAGCCCGAGGAGUACCUGCGAUCAUAUAGAAGCUGUCUCGAGAUUUUGAAAGAAGUUCGCCCGGUUAUUGUGGUUGCUGAUCCACUACUGCAUCUUGGCCUAGAUGCAGCUCGCAGUCUUCAUAUGCGGAUUGUAAUUCUUUGGCCUGUUCCUUUGAAAGACGUUGUGAUAACCGUUCAGCCCAAAGCGGGACUAUUUUGGAAAUAUCCUCUCACUGGCUCAGGAUAUCCUUUCCCUCUUCCGUGGACUCUGAUCCUUGCGAACAUAUACAUGGUCCUGUGUUUCGCGCUCAUUGUUCGAUUUGGAAAGCCAAUGCGCGACAUCCUCAAAAUGCGAAAAAAAGCAGGCAUCCGGACAGAUUUCCCCCACAUAUCGCCAUACUGCAAAGACAACCUGCACCUUUCGCCGUCGUUCCCGGAGAUGGACUUCCCACUAUAUGUACCCGACAACGUGAUCAGCUGCGGGCCAAUCCUUCGGCCAUCUUCACCACUUGCAUCUAGCGAGCCGAGAUUGAACGCAUGGCUGAAACAGCCAACGAUUUUGAUUUGUCUUGGAUCUCACGUUCAAGCCCCAGAAGAUGACGCGUUGCAAAUGACGAGGGCCAUUCAAAAUGUCUUACAAGACUGUCCUAACAUACGGGUUUUGUGGAAGCUCAAGUAUGACUGGGAAACCUCGUCAAGAGUCAAAAACCUGCUUGGUCCUCUUGUGACCUCAGACAAAGUAAAGGUUGUCUCGUGGAUCCAGCCAGAGAUAAUAUCAAUAUUGGAAAGCGGACAUGUCGUUGCGUACGUUCAUCACGGAGGAGCGAAUUCGUUCUUCGAAGCUUGCAAGGGGGGAAUCCCACAGGUCAUCCUCCCACAAUGGUUUGAUACAUAUGAUUGCCCCUCGCGAGUAGAGUGGCUGGGCAUUGGUCUGCACGGGAGUCGUGGCGUAGCGCCAAAGAUAGCUGCACCACAAUUAUCUUCGGCGCUGCUGCAGGUUAUCAAGGAUAGAGAGAUUCAAUCACGGGCCAGGGCAAUCGGAGAGGUCUGCAAGAGGACAGAGGGUAGAGUUUUUGCUCAUGAUAAGAUCGUGGAGUAUACGCAGAAAGAUUUUUGA